AAACAAAGUCAUAGUUUCCUACCCACCUGUUCACUUUAAUCCUGGAAUCUUUCAACCAUGACUUUAUCUAUUCUGAAAAGUUGGGUUUUGAAAAAUCUCAGAUAAUAUCAUCAUUCAAGAGAUCUAGAUCACCAAUGGAGGACCAGUCCACACAUACAUUCUUCUUUAUUAUUGCUUUGAUCUUACUACUAUCAGAUUGCACAGCACUAGAUACCAUAUCUGCAUAUCAAGAAAUCAGAGAUGGCAAUACUCUUGUUUCUGAAGGUGGAAUGUUUGAAUUGGGCUUUUUUAGUCCCGGUAAGUCCAAGAAUCGGUACGUCGGGAUAUGGUACAAGAAGAUAUCAUACGGUACUGUCGUAUGGGUUGCUAACAGAGAGACACCAAUUGCAGGUAAUUCAGGCAUGCUGAAACUUAGCACACUCGGAAACCUGGUGAUUCAGAGUGGCGGAAACACCAUGGUCUGGUCAUCGAAUUCAACGGUAUCUAUGUGGAGUAAUAAUACGGUGGUGGUGCAGCUUCUAGAUACUGGAAAUCUUGUUGUGUGGAAUAAAAAUAAAAUAAUCUGGCAAAGUUUUGACUAUCCUGGUGACACGAUUCUUCCAGGAAUGAAAUUGGGUACGGAUUUGGUAACGGGGCUGCAGAGGCGCAUGAUGUCUUGGAAGAGCCCGGAUGAUCCGUCAAUAGGUGAGUAUAUGAAUAUACACGACAUAAAUGGAUAUCCACAAAAUUUAAGGAUGAAAGGUGAAAUUGUAAAGGGAAGACUUGGACCGUGGAAUGGUCUUGGCUAUAGCGGUUUUCCUAUUGAAAAGGAAAAUCAGAUUUACUUAACCGAGUUUGUUAUGAACGAAAAGGAAAUCUAUCAUAAAUAUGAACUUAAAAGUUCAGUUUUUCAACGGGUGGUUUUGACAUGGGAUGGGAAGACACUGAUUUUACAAUGGAUUGAGCGGAUCAAAGACUGGAUUGUGUAUGCAAACGCUGAUGUAGAUACUUGUGAUCGGUAUUCACUCUGUGGUCCGUAUGGAAUCUGUAUCAUUAACAAGCAUCCACCGUGUUCUUGCAUGGAUGGUUUUGAACCAAGAAAUCCGGACGAAUGGGAAGCGUCUGAUUGGGCAAGUGGGUGUAUACGCAAAAAGCCUCUAUAUUGUAGGAAUGGGAAUGAGAGUGAUGAUGGAAACGGGGACGGUUUUUGGAAAAUUUCAGGCGUGAAGGUAUAAC